GGGCAGGUGACGUGCAGGCAUUGCAGCUAAGGGAGUGAGGAGGUGCCCGGGAACCGGAGCUGGAAACCUGGGAGAGGUCCAGUCAGAGCCCAAGAGCCGAAAUAACUCCUUGACCUGUCAGCCAUGGGGGAGAUGGAGCAACUGCGGCAGGAGGCAGAACAGCUCAAGAAGCAGAUUGCAGAUGCCAGGAAAGCCUGUGCUGAUAGUACUCUGGGAGAGCUGGUGUCUGGCUUGGAAGUUGUGGGACGAGUCCAGAUGCGGACACGGCGGACGCUAAGGGGACACCUGGCCAAGAUCUAUGCCAUGCACUGGGCCACUGACUCCAAGCUGCUGGUAAGUGCCUCACAAGAUGGGAAGCUGAUCGUGUGGGACACCUACACCACCAAUAAGGUACACGCCAUCCCGCUCCGAUCCUCCUGGGUCAUGACCUGUGCCUAUGCCCCAUCAGGGAACUUUGUGGCGUGUGGGGGGCUGGACAACAUGUGUUCCAUCUACAACCUCAAAUCCCGUGAGGGUAACGUCAAGGUCAGCCGGGAGCUCUCUGCUCACACAGGUUAUCUCUCCUGCUGCCGCUUCCUGGAUGACAACAACAUUGUGACCAGCUCUGGGGACACCACAUGUGCCCUGUGGGAUAUUGAGACCGGGCAGCAGAAGACUGUGUUUGUGGGACACACAGGUGACUGCAUGAGCCUGGCUGUCUCUCCUGACUUCAAACUGUUCAUUUCGGGGGCUUGUGAUGCCAGUGCCAAGCUCUGGGACGUGCGGGAGGGGACCUGCCGUCAGACUUUCACAGGCCAUGAGUCGGAUAUCAACGCCAUCUGCUUCUUCCCCAACGGAGAGGCCAUCUGCACAGGCUCAGACGACGCCUCUUGCCGCUUGUUUGACCUGCGGGCAGACCAGGAGCUGACCGCCUACUCCCAUGAGAGCAUCAUCUGUGGCAUCACAUCUGUGGCCUUCUCCCUCAGUGGCCGCCUGCUCUUCGCAGGCUAUGACGACUUCAACUGCAAUGUCUGGGACUCCAUGAAGGGCGAGCGUGUGGGCAUUCUCUCUGGCCAUGACAACAGGGUCAGCUGCCUGGGGAUCACAGCUGAUGGAAUGGCUAUGGCCACUGGUUCCUGGGACAGCUUCCUCAAGAUUUGGAACUGAGGAGGUUAGAGGAAAGAAGUGGAAGGCCAUGAAGACACUCAGCCGUAACCCUCCCUUGGGGUUUUCUUUCAUAUCCCAGCUAUCAUUCCCAUCAAGCUUUCUCUCUUGAGGGCAGUGGGGAGCGUGGGGAGUGUGCCUUUGGGAGGCAGCAUCAGGGACAGAGAGGCAUCUCCUCCCCUAGCCUCCCUUCCCCAUGGCCCGACAGCCUCUCCCUUACUAAGCAAGGACAUCUGACCCUUCUCCAGCUCUUUGUAGGCCUAACAGGCUUCCAGUUGAGGCCCCAGGCCCUAGAAUUCCUCCCCCACAGCCACUACCUAUGCUUGGACUUAGGUGGUACUACAGGUUGCUCAGCCCUGUGACUAUAGCUCUGGUACCACUAGGGGCCUGGUCUCCUUCUUCAUGCUUUCUUUUUCUUCUUCUAAAGCACUUGCAAUAAAGUGUAGCACCAUGGUA